CGAGCGAAGGCUGGAAGAGAAACGGGAACGCUGCGGUCGCACCAGCUGUGUCUUCACCGCAAACACAAAAGCUGCCAGUUGGCACUCAAUUUAUUUUUGCAUUGUAACAAUAAUAGUAAACACCACAAUGAGUCCGACUUCUAGUUCGAAUAAUGUUGGCAACACAAGUGCGAUAAAAAUUUUGGCCAACAUUUUUAUCUCGUUCAUAGGCGCUGGAAUUUUGGGUCUCCCUUACGCAUUUAAAGAGGCUGGCAUUAUUGAGGGCAUCAUAGUGAUGGUGUCUGUUGCUGUGAUCAGCGUCAAAGCUAUGAUGAUGGUCGUUGAUUGCAAAUACCACAUCGAGAACGUUUUGCUUGCUCAAAGCCCCAAAAACAAGCCCCACCGGAUCGCUACUGAUCUGAAUGCCCCACUUCUAGUUGAAGAAUCCUCCGACGAUAGUGACAUAAAAUCAUCCCCUAUCAAAAUAGUUCCUCAAGUUCAAACCUAUGGAGAUAUAGGAUUUUACGCCAUGGGCAACACAGGAAGGGCGCUGGUAGACUAUUCAGUUAUUAUUUCACAAAUAGGUUUUUGCUGCGCGUAUCUUAUUUUCAUAAUGGAAAAUGGAGCUUCAUAUAUACCAAUGCUAUCACGUUUGCAUUGGCUAAUAAUUCUACUGCCCCCUUUGUACUUGCUAGUCCUCCCAAGACAUUUAAGUAAAUUGGCUAUAUUCAGCAUAUUUGCACAAAUUUCAAGCAUUUUUGCUUUCGCCGUAGUUUUUUGGUUUGACUUCCAGCACUACCACGUAGCAAGGUUCAAUCCCAAAGAGUUUUCCAUUCAGGGCCUUCCUUUUUACUUUGCCGUUGCAAUUUAUUGCUUUGAAGGAGCGGGUAUGAUUUUAUCGCUCGAACAGUCGGUCGCGCCCAAAGUGCGACACCGCUUCAAGCAUUACUUUAUCUCGUCGAUGUUUGCUGUGACGUUUUUGUACAUUGCAUUUGGCGUGUCUGGUUAUCUGUCGUUUGGGCCAGAAACGAGCGAUAUCAUUACUUUCAACUUGCCAAAGGGACCAUCAGGCGCUUUUGAUUUUCCAUCCCUCGUCACAUGCUGCCUGUGCGUGUCACUUUUCCUCACAUACCCUAUUAUGAUGUUCCCAGUGCUGGAGUUGUUGGAAGCCAGAUAUAUAAUCUCAGAGGGCCUUUUAAAAGGAAAUUUGCUCCGUCUUUUUUUGGUUUUACUGACUGGCAUGAUAGUGAUCGUCGUUCCUAAUUUUGGAACUCUGAUGGCUCUUAUUGGCUCCUCGUGCUGCACAUUGCUUGCCUUUAUCUUACCAGGCAUUUUUCACAACAAGCUAUUUAAAGGAAGUUACACUAGUAUUAUGCAAAAGAGUUUCAAUAUGUUUCUUAUUUGGCUUGGAGUAAUUGGAACGGUUGUGGGUCUUUUGGAUGCUUUCAAACGGAUGGGCCCACAUGUUCUUCAUCAACAUACGACUGAAUACCCACCAGUUGUAUAAUUGUUAUAUGUCUGUGAUAAUUGUUCCUGCAUCACAAGCUGUGAGAAAUUGUGCUUUUGUGGCCACAAAGUUUAUUUUUGUGGCUGCCUCUGAAUUUAAUUAUGCAGUAUUUAUGUGAUCUGAUUGAAUUUUGGCAGCAUUUACCUAGAAUACUAGUAGUAGAAAAUAUUUGCUAAAAAAAUUCCAUACCUUCUUUUAAUUUUCUCAUUAAGCAUUAAAGACUUAAUAUUUCUGGACUUCGAGUGGGACUACUUAACAUAAAAUCAUAAAAGGUAAUAUUGUAAUUCAGAGGUCCAGAAUGACCUCUAAGAUCAAAAACAAGCACUAUUCAAAUGUUAAAAUUUUUUACAUUAUUAUUUGAAUACUUAAGAUAAUAUUUUCAUCAAUAAAAUAUCCCAUUGUUGGAGAUAAUACGUACAAGCCAGUCUGCUAUCGCAAGUAUACAAAUUUUUGUGUUCGUAACAAGUAUUAUAUUUUAAAUUAAUUGCGUCAUGUCUGAUAAAUUUUAAAUAAAAAUACACCACUUUUACAUGAA